AUGGCUUCGCCUCCCCGCCCCGUCCUCGCCACCCCGCUCCUACUCCUCCUCCUGCUGCUCCCUGGCAAUGCCGCCGGCGCCGCGGCCGCGUCCUCGCCGGUGAACCCGUUCACGGCCAAGGCGGCCUUCAUCCGGUACUGGAACCGCAAGGUGCCCAACAACCGCCCCCACCCGGCCUUCUUCCUCUCCAAGCUCUCCCCGCUGCCCGCCGCCGACGCCGCCUCCUUCCCCUCCUCGCUACCCGACAUCCGCGCCCGCCUGCCCACGCUCUGCUCCAAGGCCGCCCUGCUAUGCCCCUCGUCCCCCUCUGAAUCUGAUUCUGAUUCUGAUGUGGCGUUGGCGUCGCGGAAGGGCCCGUUCGCGAGCUACAGGGACGCCAACUUCACCAACUACGGCUCCGGCGCCGGCGCCGGCACCGACGGGUUCAACAACUACUCCCCGGACGUCAACAUCGCCGCCGACUCGUUCCGCCGCUACGGCCGGGACUCGUCCGCGCGGGCGGACUCGUUCAGCAGCUACGAGGCCAACGGCAACGUCGUGACGGCCAACUUCACCUCCUACGCCGGCGGCGCCACCGGCGGGUCGGGCUCCUUCACCGCCUACGCCGCGAACACCAACGUGCCGGAGUCCAGGUUCAGCAACUACGACGCCGGCGCCAACGGGCGGAGCCGCGGGUUCACGUCCUACUCCCAGGAGUCCAACGGCGGGGAGAGCAACUUCGCCGGCUACGGCAAGAGCGGCAACAGCCUGCGGGAGACCUUCACCUCGUACGGCAACGACACCAACACCCUCAGCUCCGGGUUCGCCAACUACGGCGAGUCGGCCAACGGCGCCACCGACAGCUUCACGGGGUACGGCGUGGAGGGGAACGUGCCGGAGAACACGUUCCGGAGCUACGGGGCCGGCGCCAACGCCGGCGUGGACACGUUCAAGGGGUACCGCGACGGGUCCAACGUCGGGGACGACAGCUUCGCGUCCUACGUCGGCAAGGGCGCCAACGGCGGGGCCGCCGAGUUCGAGAGCUACGGCGGGUCGGCCAACGCCGGCAGCGUCGACUUCAAAGGGUACGGGCAAGGCGGCAACCGCAACCACGAGAUCGGGUUCAAGGGGUACGCCGGUGACAACACCACGUUCAAGGCGUACGCCGAGACCGGCGUCGACUUCAAGGAGUACCACAACACGUCGGCGGCGGCGACGGCGGCGACAUUGACAUCCGAGGAGCAUCAGCAGCGUCUGAAGAAGACGAAGUGGUCUCCGGAGCCGGGUAAGUUCUUCAGGGAGAGGGAGCUGGUGGCGGGGAACCGGAUGCCGAUGCCGGACAUCAGGGACAAGCUGCCGCCCAGGGCGUUCCUGCCGAGGGACAUCGCGAGGAAGAUCCCGUUCGAGGCGAGCGCCGUGUCGGAGGCCUUCAGGGCGCCGCCGGACACGGCGAUGGGCAAGGCGGUGGCGUCCACGGUGGCGGAGUGCGGGCGCGCGCCGAGCCGGGGCGAGACCAAGCGGUGCGCGACCUCGGCGGAGGACGUCGUGGACUUCGCCGUGGAUAUGCUGGGCGACGACAUCGUGGUGCGCAGCACGGCCUCGACGGCGGGCAGCGGCGCGGAGAUCAGGCUGGGCAGCGUCACCGGCGGGAAGGCGGCGCGGGCCGUGUCGUGCCACCAGAGCCUGUUCCCGUACCUGGUGUACUACUGCCACUCGGUGCCCAGGGCGCGGGUGUACGAGGCCGACAUCAUGGCCGCCGCCGGCGACGGUGAGAAGAUCAACCGCGGGGUGGCCAUCUGUCACCUUGACACGUCUGACUGGAGCCCGAGCCACGGCGCGUUCGUGCUCCUGGGCGAUGAGCCCGGCAAGACGGAGGUCUGCCAUUGGAUCUUCGAGGGCGACAUGACAUGGACGGUGGCAGAUUGA